CUUUAUGUUACUUUAUAUCCUAGGAUCAAGCAUGGUAAUGGAUGAGGAAAGCUGGAUGGUUCCCAUCAGUAAAGAUGCUUAUGAAGUGCUUCGGGGAAGAGAGUCCAGUCUAAAUGAGCUCUUGUACAAGAAGUUUGCUUGUACGUUGGCCUUCAAAAGUAUAAAACACGCCAGUGAAGUAUAUAGGAAAAUACUAAAGGAUGGGAUCCACGUUUCUGUUUGCAAAGAUGAUCUCACGAUGCAUGAGGCUGAUGCUUUGGUGAAUGCAGCCAAUGAAUAUCUGCAUCAUACAGGAGGUCUUGCUCUUGCCCUCUUGAAUGCUGGAGGGCCAGAAAUAAAAAAUCAAAGCAAUUCUCUCGUUCAGCAAUAUGGAAGUGUCUCAGUUGGCCAAAUAGCUGUGACAGGUGGAGGAAAGCUUCCUUGUAAGAAAAUUAUCCAUGCAGUUGGUCCAAUAUGGCACUCCUUCCACAAAGACAAAUGUUGCAGCCUACUUGAGCAAGCCAUUGUGAAUGUCCUGAAGUAUGCUAAUGCUCCAGAAAAUAAUAUAAAAUCUGUGGCUAUCCCAGCAGUGAGCUCAGGUAUUUUUGGCUUCCCAGUUGAUUUGUGUGCACAAGUGAUUGUCAUGGCUAUAAGGGAGUUUGUUGAGAGAAGUCAACCAGGUUGCCUCAAGGAGAUCCGUCUGGUGAACAUUUGUGAGCCCACAGUUGCAGAAAUGAAAARAGCUUGUGAGAUGUUGCUAGGUGAGGACAGUUUGUGCCAGGAAAAUCUGUCAGCUCUGCAAAGCCAGCCUCCAGCUCUCAUCACAGAUGGACGCAUUCGUUUGCGUGUCAAAAGAGGACUUAUUGAAAGGCAGAAGACUACAGCUAUUGUUAAUUCGGUGCUCAAGGAUAGCAGUGUUUUCCGUGGUGUUCCAAAGGGAAUACUGCAGUUCGGAGGUCCAGCUCUUCGAAGUGAACUUAUGUCUYAUUUUAAUUCUUCAUAUUUUAAGAAGCUCAUAAAAACACGUGGGCAUAAUCUGCCCUGCGAGUUAGUACUGCAUGUUGUAUGGCCACCAGACCAACACAAGGUGUUACUAUGCAAGGAACUAAAAGCUGCAGUGAAAAGCUGCUUGGAUUACAUUUCAAAUUGGGAGGCUCCUUCAAUUUCCUUCCCCACAGAGGGCAUUUGGUCGCAUUAUCUGCCUGUGGAUGUAAUUGCAGGGGUCAUGACUGAAGCAGUUCUUAAUUUUGCUAGGGAACACCCCAAGAGGCAGAUAGAUGUACAGUUCGUGAUCCACCCAGAUGACUAUAAUGCCUAUCAGAUUUUCCAGAGCAAACUUUUUUCUGCAGCAAACAAAGUGGAAAAAAACCAACAUUACAAGAGCACUGAUGGUUUGAGUGCAGAGUCAAGCAGGCAAAGAGAAAAUAGAAACAAUGAAACAGCUAUUGAACUUAAGGGGUGCAUCCUUGCAACAUUGGAGGCAGCAGAACUGUGGAUCCAAAACCUGCUAGAAACUCAGGAACAUCACCAUGCUGCGAUUGAAAACAACUACAUCUUUAGCCUUGGUAAAAAAGAGUUUGCAGAGCUAGCUCGAAAGCAGCCUUCCAGCGUGCAGAUAUCAGAAGAAGUGAAAGAAGGAAAAGCAAGACUAAAAUUUCAUGGCCCCCCCGGUGCUGUCAUUGAUGCGGUGCUUGCAGCUGAAAAAUUACUCCUUCGUAUGCAACAGAACACUACAGCCAGACAGGAAGAACUGCUGCACUUCUGGGGCCAACUGGAAGCAGCUCAUCUUUCAGAACACCUUGCUGUGGCGAACAGUCCUGCCCCCUUUCAGGUUUCAGUGUUGGAAUCAAACCAGCAGGAGUUUACAAACAGACAAAAAGAGUUUGAAAAAGCUGGGCUUCAUAUUCUCAAGAUAGAAAAAAUACAGAAUCCUCUUCUAUUUGCUGCAUUCAAACAAAUGAAAACAAGAAUGGAAGAAAAACGAGCUACCUCCAAAAUAAGCCACACGUUGUACCAGCGAGUCCCUGUUCAGUUCUGUGGCUUGGUCUGCCAAACUGGAUUUCACAGGACAUACUCGCCACCGGCAGAGCAGAACUAUGGAGCUGGCAUCUACUUCAAGAGGAACCCCAGAAGCCUAAUCCAGUUUAAAAAGGAGUGGAAAACAGAUUGUAUAAUGCAUGUGUUUGAGGCUGAGGUAUUAACAGGCUUAUACACUCGAGGUAAAGAGUCCUAUAUUACACCACCACUCGUGGAGGGAGAUGGCAGGGCAGAGUAUCACAGCGUGGUAGAUGAUGUAAACAGCCCUGACACCUUUGUCAUUUUCAACAGCAUUCAGGCCCUUCCCCAGUAUUGGUUGACUUGUACCCYGAUUCAGGGUGGAGGGUCUGGGUCUUCUGAGAAGACCAGCAGUUCCCUGUAUGUGAAUUAAUCACAACUCCAAUCCUGCAGAGACCCCCUCAAAACAAAGUCUAGCACUUUGACUCCAAGAGAAUGCUCUUAAAGCAUGUU